UUUGUGAAUUCAGCCUUUCCAAAAUGCCCUGGAUUAAGAUAGACAGGCUCCUCCAGCGCACUAAAUCCUUAUGGAAGUUCUGUCGUUCCUGUGUGUUGCCAGCUUCCCCUGCCCACAGACCGUACAGGCUAAGAAUGGAGGCCUCCUGCCUCGAACUAGCCCUCGAAGGAGAGCGCCUGUGCAAAGCUGGGGACUUCAAGGCUGGAGCAGCCUUCUUCGAAGCAGCAGUGCAGGUGGGGACAGAGGAUUUGAAGACUCUCAGCGCAAUCUACAGCCAGCUGGGCAAUGCCUACUUCUACCUAAAGGAAUAUUCCAAGGCCCUGGAAUACCAUAAACAUGACCUCACUCUAGCCAGAACCAUUGGGGACCGUAUCGGAGAAGCCAAGGCCAGUGGCAACCUUGGGAAUACAUUGAAAAUACUUGGGCAGUUUGAUGAAGCUAUCGUUUGUUGCCAGAGACACUUGGAGAUUUCCCAAGAGCAGGGAGACAAGGUAGGUGAAGCUAGAGCACUGUAUAACAUUGGCAAUGUUUAUCAUGCAAAGGGAAAGCAGUUGUCUUGGAGCACGGCCCAAGACCCAGGUUCCCUGCCUCAAGAAGUCAAGGAGACGCUUCAGAGAGCUUCGGAAUACUAUGAGAGGAAUCUGUCUCUGGUAAAGGAGCUCGGGGACCGAGCUGCUCAGGGCCGAGCCUAUGGGAACCUCGGCAACACCCAGUACUUGCUCGGCAACUUCAGCGAAGCCACAGCUUUCCACAAAGAGCGACUCGCCAUCGCCAAGGAGUUUGGGGACAAAGCGGCCGAGAGGCGAGCGUACAGCAACCUGGGCAAUGCACACAUCUUCCUCGGCAGGUUUGACAUCUCGGCUGAGUACUACAAGAAAACACUCCAACUCUCCAGACAGCUGAAAGACCAAGCAGUAGAAGCUCAGGCUUGCUACAGCCUCGGAAACACUUACACGUUGCUCCAAGACUACGAGCGAGCCAUCGAGUACCAUCUAAAGCACCUGCUGAUCGCGCAGGAGCUGGGGGACAGAGUGGGAGAAGGAAGAGCCUGCUGGAGUCUAGGAAAUGCCUAUGUCUCUCUCGGGAACCAUGACCAAGCCCUGCGCUUUGCAAGGAAACAUCUUGAAAUCUCCCAAGAGAUCGGGGAUCGGAAUGGUGAGCUGACGGCUCGAAUGAACGUGGCCCAGCUGAAGUCAGCCCUUGGCGAUGAGGAUGGGGAUGCAACCCGUCAUUCCACUGGCUACGAAGCGCAAGGAGCCAGGCCUAAGAGAAUCCAAAGGAACAGCAUGGACAGUUUAGACCUCUUGAAGUUCCCCUCUGAAAAGGAGCAGAAUGGGGAUAGCCACCACAUGGGAAACCUGAAGAUCAUGGGAAAGGACUUCUUGUCUCUGCCCGUGAGAUCCAAGAAAUACCAUGAGAACCAGUCCAAUUCAGAGAGGAAAUCCCAGGAGUCCAAUAUGUCACCGCUGGAUGCCAGUGAUGUCCGACUCCAGGUGUCUCAAUCGAAAAUCAGCCGGGCCCCUUCAGACGAGGAAUGCUUCUUUGACCUGCUGAGCAAGUUCCAGAGCAGCCGAAUGGAUGACCAGCGCUGCCCGCUAGAAGAAUGCCAAACAGAGGCUGCUGCCGCCUCCGUGCCUGCCCUGGAAGAAGGAAUAUCUCAGUCCUCGUUAAUGGCAUCGCCGCAGACGGAGGAGUUCUUUGAUCUCAUCGCCAGCUCCCAGAGCAGGCGGCUGGAUGACCAGCGUGCCAGUGUGGGCAGCCUGCCCGGCCUCCGCAUCACUCACAACAACCUGGGGCACCUGCGCAUGGAGGGGGAUGCCCAGGAGCCAGGGGACGAGUUCUUCAACAUGCUUAUGAAGUGCCAGUCAUCCCGGAUAGACGACCAGCGCUGCGCUCCGCCGGACACCGUCCCCCGUGGCCCCACCAUGCCCGACGAAGACUUCUUCAGCCUCAUCCAGCGUGUCCAGGCCAAGCGUAUGGACGAGCAGAGGGUGGAUCUGGCUUCGGCCCAGGAGGAGCAGCAGAGGAGACCUAGCUCCAGCUAAGAAUUGGGGUUUGCUUUGAGGAAAGCAACGUCUGUUUAAAACCUGAGCCCAGCUGUUCCGUGGCAGACUGUCCCGGUGAGGAGUAGCCCUGCUCAGUGAAGGGGGGUGUGUGUGGAGGGGGAGGGGGUGUUUCCUACUGCUUUGGCAGUUUUGUCUUUCUUUGGAGUAGGGGCCAGGCAGGUUCACCAGCUGGGGACAGUUUUUCUUUAUGGCUUUUUAUACAAACAAUGACUCUUCUACAGCUGAACAAAGCUAGGAGGAACUGCUCACGCACGGCUGGGCGCCAGGGAAGUAGACUGAGACAACCGGUGAAUUGGCUGCUGCAGUCCCCCCGCCAGCGGUGCCUGCGAGCGUCUGCACCUCCCUGCCGCGCUCUGUGGGGAAGGGGCGUCCAGCUGGGCUGGGGUGCAACCGUGGAGAAGCUGAAGGCAGCCAGCAGUUAGAGUGUAACCCUGAGCCCUGGCUGGAGCCCUGGGGAGACCGUGGUCCCGUGUUCCGUAAGGUAUUUUAUUUCUGCAACACAUGGGUUAACGGGGACCCUCUCUUUUCUGUGGACUCCUCCCUCCCUGCUUACCGUCUGGCUAGGAGACGUUUGGAGCCGUCCUCACCAGCCUGCCAAGGUGACAGCGGCAGCCAUUGGAACUGGGGUCCUGCCCUGCAGGGCCAAGCUUGGCUUUUUCCCACAGGGCUGAGCAAGCCCAGUUCAGCUGCUGUGCGCACGAGGGGCUGCCACUGCUUAUGGCAAUGCCCCCCCCCCGCCCCCCACAAAAGCAGCCGCAUCAAGGAGGUUGCCCAUAACUAUCUCCACAGCCAGCACCUUCAUGGCCCAGGGAGAUCCUCUGGUGCCAUGCUGGCACAAGUGGAGCAGGGAACUCUGGAGUGGAUCCUGUGACCAUGAACCAAGAGGUCCCCCGUAUACUUGGCGCUAGCCCCUGCCAGCUGUUGGCCUGUGUGGCAGUGCUCCUGGUUGGUUGUGUCAGAACUGGCGUUGCUGGCAGCGAACCCCGUCACAGACCCGCUGGGGACCCGUCGGGUUCAGGUUGAAGCAGAGCUGCAGGAGCGGAAACUUGGCUUGCUGCGUGCUGUGAAGCUGGAAGCUCACGCCCCAGGGCUGUCAAUCGGGCUCCGUUCACCACCCUAGGAAUACAGGUGCCCCGUGUUUUUAAAGGAAAGCUGUUAGUCUGUCCAGUGUGAAUCUAGCUUAGAGCACUGCCCCCAUCCAUGGGGCUUCGUAACGCUCCUCCUUUCUCUUGCAGUAGUAGCUAGAGGCCUCCAGCCUGGUCGGCACAGGAGCACACAGGGAAUGGGCCAACUUUGGUGGGGACUUGUCACUUUCAAAUAGGCUGAAAAACAACCCUCCUGCCUCACACAGAAUGGGGCUAGCCACCCUCAAGUUUAGCUGUACAGAGGUGCCCCUUUGCACUGCUGCGCUAGCUGGGACUGGCAGGGCUGCAUCAGUCCUCUGGUGGGCCGUCCAGCUACUGUUCAUCUCCCCACAAGCCCAUUCCUGGGUCUAGCGCUGAGUCCCUGUUGCCCCCGCGUCUCUCUCAGGAGCAGCCUUCAUGGAAAAUUUCCAGCAGCAAGAAAUUCAGCCAGGCAGCACUUAGCCCAGCUGAACAGAUGCUGGGGGGAGGCCCUAACAUGUGUAGAUGUCCUAAGUGUGAGCAGGUAAAAUUCACCCCUCACUACUGCUGGAGGGAUCAACCAAUGCAAGGACUGGUUCAGGGGCACCAUCAGUCCCUGCAUUGUAUUCGGUAAGAGGGGCCACCUCGCUCCUGGGCUCCUGUUGUUACAACAACAUGACCAGCAGUGGACUCGUGACCGUGCGGCGCUUGGCCAGGCCACAAACUGGAAUCUGACCAAUCAGCUUGCAGAAGCGUGACGUAUUUGCCAUAUACUUGAAUGUAUGAGCUUAUUUAUUUUUUACAUGUGCAUUUGCUAAUGUCAUUUUAAGAGGGAAUUUUAACCCACCAGGUACUUGUUUUUUCCUUAAAAAAUAAUAAUCUGCCAAAUGAAUUAAUAUAUAGAAAUACAGAGGGCUUGGGGGGGGGAGGGGUUGUGCUUAAUAAACAUUUGUGGUCCAAA